AUGCGUCGCCAUGGCAGGUCCGGAGGCCCGACCAAGGCCGUGCCCAUGUCGGACACCGUCUCCCUCAUUCAUUCCUUCGACUCGGUCAUGAACCCUAACCGACCCGCCCGACCUUCCCCUUUAGCCUCCUCCAACAUUAAAGCACUCCCGCUGGAGCUCAUCGACCGGCUGCGUUCCUUUCCCCUCUUUCAAGCGACACCCGAAUCCUUUUUGUUUGAAGUAGGUCAACAUCUGCGCCCGCAGCUUCACGCCCCCAAUGACUAUAUCUUGACCGAAGGCGAUGAAGCCAAGGCGAUGUACUGGCUGGUGCGUGGCGCCGUAGCGGUCACUUCGCGAGAUGGUGAAAGUAUAUACGCUGAGCUCAAACCGGGUGCUUUCUUUGGAGAGAUUGGUGUGCUGAUGGAUCGACCGCGCACUGCGACGAUCAUCGCCCGCACACGAUGCAUGCUAGUCGUGCUCACGAAAGAAGAUUUUCGCAAUAUUUUACCGCGCUUCCCCCAGGUUGAACAAGCGAUCAGGGACGAAGCACAAGAGCGGUUAAUGAUCCUGGAAAAGAAAAAGAAAGAAACUUCUGCGCCUGUCCUGGAUUCUCCCAGUCCGAGUCCAGUGCGAAGGGGCUCAAAGCGAUUGAGAGAGAGCUACUCAAAAGACCUGGUUGUCGCCGAGGAAGACUUCAGUGCUAGUUCGAUACACAAGAAACGGAAAUCGCCGAGCCCAGGACGGCGGGAUGCAUCGAGUGCUCUUGCAAACGGACUGGUGAAUGUCCGUCUGCUCCUGAAAGAGCUGCCCCUCUUCUCUGGGCUCCCCGGCGAUAUUCUCCAUUUCUUGGGUCUCAAUGCGCAACCACGCUCGUACCCUCCAUUUACCGACAUUAUCCAACAAGAUUCUUAUGGGCGGGAGCUCUACUUCAUUGUCCGCGGCGAGGUUGAGGUCGUUGCCGAAAAGACUGAAUCACGUCAUGACCUGCCAAACGGCUCCGAUCGGAUUAGCACCGAGAUCAAGGCCCGACUGAAACAGGGCCAGUACUUUGGUGAAGUUGUCAGCCUGUCGCUUGCGCCGCGAAGAACGGCAACUGUCCGUUCGGUCACGUCGGUCGAGUGCCUUAUGCUCAGUGAAGAGGUUCUUUCCCAAUUCUGGGAGAUGUGCCCCAAAGGCAUCCGCGAAUCGGUGGAGCGCACCGCCCAAGAGAGACUGCAGACCACCGCUGAUGGCGAUGUGGUCAUGACGGAUGCGACGGACGAACAGCCACCCUUAGGCAACCUGGAACUUGACGAUCGAGUUAAAAUCACCGCAGCUCGGCGUCGCUCAAUGCCAUUGUUGACAUUGACUGAGACAGAACUAGAUGGACCGCAUCAGUCAUCGCCUGUUGAAGACCAGGAGCAGGCCGUACUACGGCCAUCAGACCCCGAUCCUUAUCUGAGCCUUGGCUUGGACAAAGUUCGGCUUCGAAGUCGGCGUGGUUCAGUGGCGCCUUUGACGCCAGAAGAAGUUACUGGGGAACACCAACGACAAUCUCCAUCAGAACCACGUUCUGCUAGCUCGUCGACUCUCGCGCUACCGGAGAGUGUUGGCCUGUCGAAACCGCACCAAAACUCACGCCCGGCUCAUGAAGUUCACCACGGAAUCUUCCCCGACAGCAUUCUCUUAAAUAUUUUCCAGUUUCUUGAGUUGCACCACCUGCUUCGAUUGCGUGGGGUGUCCUCGCACUGGUCUGAAAUCCUCACCAAAUCCCCCGACGUGAUUCGUGACCUUGACCUGAGCGUAUACAACCGCCAGCUCACCGACGACGCUCUUGUUAAAAUAAUUUGUCCCUUUGUGGGCGAUCGUCCCCGGUCCGUGAACGUCAACAACUGCUUUCAUAUUACUGACGAAGGCUUUAAUGCGCUGGCCAAUACGUGUGCACCGAACUCCACCACUUGGAAGAUGAAGAGUGUGUGGGAUGUCACGGCUUCCGCCAUACUCGAAAUGACCAGCAAAGCUACCGGUCUACAGGAGGUCGAUCUGAGCAACUGUCGAAAAGUAGGCGAUACCCUCAUGGCGCGAAUCCUUGGAUGGGUUUUGCCAGGCAAUCAAAAGCCUACCGAAGGCAAGAGUGCAUCAAUCAAACCCACCCUUCAAACAGCGGACAGCUUGGUGUAUGGCUGUCCCCAAUUGAAGAAGCUCACUCUUUCAUAUUGCAAGCAUGUCACAGACCGCUCGAUGCACCACAUUGCUUCGCACGCCGCUGCUCGAAUCGAAGAAAUGGACUUAACUCGCUGCACCACCAUCACUGACCAAGGUUUUCAGUACUGGGGGAAUGCGCGGUUCACUAAUCUACGGAGACUGUGCUUAGCAGAUUGCACAUAUUUGACCGACAACGCCAUUGUACACUUGACAAAUGCCGCUAAGAAUAUCCAAGAACUGGAUCUGUCCUUUUGCUGCGCGCUUUCUGAUACAGCGACCGAAGUCCUUGCCCUCCAGUGCUCGCAAUUGAAAUAUCUUAAUAUGUCGUUUUGCGGUUCCGCUAUUUCCGAUCCGUCCCUGCGAAGCAUCGGGCUCCAUCUACUUUCUCUCCAACAUCUUUCUGUGCGAGGCUGUGUACGAGUUACUGGCGUUGGUGUCGAGGCCGUGGCCGAAGGCUGCCAUCAGCUUCAAUCCUUCGAUGUCAGCCAAUGCAAGAACCUUACCCCCUGGCUCGAUGACAAGGGGCCUAUGCGAUACCAGCCUCGAGUUCAAUUUGAGACUGUUGCCACGAACGCAAAAAUUCACCGAUGA